UAUUUAAUUCAUUCAACUCAAUAAUUACCAUCUCAUGUUAUACGAUUAAUACUCACCAUUGCUACGUUUUCACCACUCACCAGUAGUAAAAUUAAAUGUCACAUAAAGUCCACCUUGCAUUUGUAAAUUUUGCUUGCACUCUCGCCCUGUUCAUCAGCUGUUCACCUUAUUAACGCAUUUGUGUUCUAAUUGUGUUUUGUUACUGAUGUUUUGAUUGGCUAAGCAAAAAUUUAAUCUAUCAUUUUUAACAAAAUUUUUAUAAACAAAUUAAUAUUAACGAACGAUAAGGAAUAUCAAAAAGUGAAAAUGAUAUAAAACUAAUAAUAAAAUAAAAUUCAAUGAUAUACAUUACAUAACAAGAGCAUAUCUAAGGUGUGUUGAAAAGGUGACAAUAAUGUUGGGUUUGUUGGUGUCAAGUUGCGGACAAAGAAGUCAAUUUCUACAACUGCCCAGAUAUCAUGUACAUACAAAAAUAAACACUGCCCGAGAUUUUAGUGCCAGGCUGAAAAAUAUUAAUAAAUUGGUACGAAAUUUGGAAACAAAAACACAUAGGAGCACACAGGGAACAAGCAAGAGUAAUGGCUUAUCAAGGCAUACACUAAUAUUUGGUGGAUUUGGAGUUUCUGUAGCGUUAUGUGGCCGUCAUUUUCUGUACAAACAUCAAGUGAGAUGCGAAGGCAAUCGUUUAUCAGGUGUCCUGCAAAAAACACUUAUGCAAGAUGAAAAUAAAUUUGAUUGGAAACGUUUUUGGUCAUAUUUGAAACCAUAUCUAUGGGAAUUACUAGGUGCUAUCGCUGCAGCUUUAAUUGUCGCAUUCAUCAAUAUACGCAUUCCAAACUUACUAGGUGAUCUAGUCAAUACGCUAGCACGUUAUGCAAAUACUUAUGUCAAGGAUCCAUUACACAAUUCCUUCUUUAGUGAUAUUAAGAAACCAGCAAGUAAUUUACUCAGCUUAUAUUUGCUACAAUCAGGUUUCACCUUUAUUUAUAUUUAUUUGCUCAGUCGCAUUGGAGAGCAGAUGGCGGCACAAAUACGUCAGGAUCUCUUUAAACAAAUUGUAAUACAAGAUAUCGAAUUCUUUGAUGAGAAUCGAACGGGUGAAUUAGUAAAUCGUUUGACAGCUGAUGUGCAGGAUUUCAAAACGUGCUUUAAGCAAUUCGUAUCGCAAGGACUACGAAGUGUAGCGCAACUGAUAGGUGGUGGCAUAUCAUUAUUCCUAAUAUCACCACAUAUGGCGGCUAUAGCUUUGGCUUCAGUACCUGCUGUAGUGGUUUUCAUGACAUAUUUGGGUAAAAAAUUACGUUCUUUAAGUAAAAGUUCACAAGCACAGUCUGAACGUGCCACAGCUGUUUGUGAGGAGGCUUUAUCCAAUAUACGCACUGUACGUUCUAGUGCUUGUGAAUAUCGUGAAAUGGAUUUAUUUGAAACGGAAACGAAUGAAGCUGCACGUUUGGCACGCGAAUUAGGCUAUGGCAUUGCAGUAUUUCAAGGUCUAACGAAUUUCUUCCUUAAUGGUUUAGUGUUGACUACACUCUUCUUGGGUGGUCACUUAAUGUCUACUGAAAGCUUAACGCCAGGUGCGUUAAUGGCAUUUUUAGUAGCAUCACAAGGUGUACAACGUUCACUAGCACAAGGUUCAAUACUUCUAGGUACUAUGAUUAGAGGCAUGACAGCAGGAUCACGUGUCUUUGAGUAUUUACAACUUCAACCUAAAAUUGAGUUGACAAGAGGCUAUGAAAUUCCACAACAACAUCUGAAAGGUGAAAUACGCUUUGAAAAUGUUAGCUUUGCAUAUCCUACACGACCAGAUCAGAUCGUACUUAAGGAUUUUAAUUUAACACUUCGUCCAGGUGAAACAGUGGCAUUGGUAGGUGCUAGUGGUUCAGGCAAAUCCACCAUAGCAGCAUUAGUAGAACGUUUUUAUGAGCCUACCUCUGGCACUAUUAAAUUAGAUGGCUAUAGAUUGGAGGAUAUUUCUCCCUACUGGCUACGUGCUAAUGUUUUGGGUUUCAUUGAACAACAACCCGUACUUUUUGCCACUACUAUAUUAGAGAAUAUACGUUAUGGUCGUGCAGAUGCUAAAGAAGCUGAUGUUUAUGCAGCAGCUAAACUGUCGCAAUCACAUGAUUUCGUAAGUGCACUGCCAGCUGGUUAUGAAACAAAUGUUGGCGAAAGAGGCACACAGUUGAGUGGUGGACAAAGGCAGCGUAUCGCUAUUGCACGUGCACUGCUUAAAAAUCCAAAAAUUUUAAUACUCGAUGAAGCAACAAGCGCUCUAGAUGCAACAAGUGAGGCGGAAGUACAAAAAGCACUUGAUACGGCGGUACUGAAUAGAACAACAUUGGUUAUAGCGCAUCGUUUAUCAACCAUUCGAAAUGCUGAUCUAAUUGUAGUGCUGGAUCAGGGCAAAAUAGUUGAGUCCGGUAAACAUGAUGAAUUAAUGUCGAAACGUGGUUUAUAUUACGAUCUGGUGAGGCAACAAGAGAGACAUAGUGCACAAGAGCAUGAAAAUCAAAUUCCACAAAAACCGAAAGUCCUAAAUGUGGAACAAAAUUUUAAAGAGGAAUUACAAAUUCCACAAGAAAUGAAAUUAGUAUAUAUUGAAUCAAAAGCAAGUCAUAUGUAUAGAUCAGCACAUCACGAGAAGGAACCCAAAGUGGAGCAGCUUGAAAAAGUUAAUAACUUAAAUAUUUCGUCUGCUGAUAUUGAUGAAUAUUUAGAUAAUGAAGGUCCAUAUAUCAGUACGAAUUUACAACAAACGGACAUGUCACAAGAAGGAAACAACCAUCAUAAAAAUCAAAUUCCACAAGAAACGAAAGUUUUAAAUGGGGAACAAAAUGUAAAAGAGGCUGUGGGGACUAACGUUCAGAAACUUAAAGAAAAUAAUAAUUUAAAUGAUUUGUCCACUGAUUUUGAUGUAUAUUUAUCAAAUGAUGAAAGUCCUUAUAACACUACAAAUUCAGAACGACCCGAUAUGUCACAAGUCGGACAAAUCCACACAUCUCCCACAGUAUGAGACUUCAAACCAAUUAAAUCACCUUUUCGGAAUACAAAAUGGACAAAUUUCAACUAUUAAGUCGUUGAGUUUUAGAGCUAAAACCCCAUUCCACUAAACGAAGGAAAAGCAAAAUUU